AUGAAAGUCAGCCAAGUUGAGUACUGUACACUGAAUUCCAGUGAAUUCCAAGGUAGGAUAAGCAUCAACAAGACACAAAGUGACAUGGAAGAAUUGGAAAGGAGAUACCAGUACUUGAAACCUGGUGGACACCAUAUACCCGAGGAUUGCAAAGCAACUACUCGGGCCGCCAUAAUUGUUCCAUAUCGUGACAGAGAAGCACAUUUGAAAAUUUUCCUCAAUAAUAUGCAUCCCUUCUUAACAAGGCAGAAGUUGGAUUACUCGAUCAUCGUCGUCGAGCAGGUCGACCGGACGGUGAAUAGAGCAAAGUUACUCAACAUCGGCUUCGUGGAGGCGCUGAAACUCUAUGAUUGGCAAUGCUUCAUAUUCCAUGACGUUGACGUUCUCCCUGAGGACGAUCGCAAUCUGCACAGCUGCCCACUAGAGAACCCUCGUCACAUGGCUGUUGCUGUGAAUAAAUUCGGUUACAAACUGGUCUAUGAGAGAAUGUUUGGGACAAGCAGUGCUCUAACUGCGGAGCAAUUUCGGAAUGUUAAUGGCUUUUCGAACCGCUACUGGGGAUGGGGCGGAGAGGACGACGAUAUGUAUACCAGAGUGGAAUUGCUCGGAUACAAGGUCGUCCGAUAUAGCGAGACUAUUGCUCGAUACACAAUGUUAGAGCAUUCACGCGACAAAUCUAAUCCAGUAAACCCCUGUAGAUUCAAGUUAAUGGCUCGGACGAAACAUGACUGGAAAAUCGAUGGCUUAAAUUCUCUCUCAUACAAGCUGGUGAACAUAACAAUGAAACCACUUUUCACGCAUAUUGUCGUUGAUUUGCUAGAAGAUGAGGAGAAGAAGCGGGUUGAAGCGGAUUUCUGCAAAGGUGUUAAUAUGACCAGGUGA